AAGAUUGUUUUGAUAAUUGUGUGUUUUUCAUAUGCGUGUGCGAGAACGGGUAAACCAAGAAAAGUCGUCGAUUUACAAAACAGACAUGGAAGCGGCGAAAGGCGAAAGAGAGAGAGCAGCAGGAGCAGAGUCCCCAGUGGCCGAUGAUUCCCAGCAAACAAAGUGAAUCUCUCAAUCUGAUUCACUAUUGAACUCCCCAAAAUAGGGAAAACAAGUGACCAACAGAUGCAUCAACCAGAUAUGAAAGCAAAGGAAGACAAAAAAGAAAGGGCAGGGUCCCCAACUGAUUCUCAGAAGACAAUUUCCGAUGAUGAUGAAAUAGACUACUCCAUCAAACCAGAAUUCUAUGAUCCAAAUCUUGAUGACAAAGAUGAAUUAUGGGUUCAAAAGCAAAGGAAAGGUCAUUAUUCUGAUGCUGUGCUUAGCUGCCCAGCUUGCUUCACUACGUUAUGUCUUGAGUGUCAAAGGCAUGAAAAAUACGUGACCCAGUACCGGGCAGUUUUUGUUUCCAACUGCAAGAUCAAGACUGAUGAAGUGUCGCCGGUAGGUCUGAAACGAAAACGGGGCAAAAGGAGGAUUGAAUAUGGAGACGGUGGUGAAACAUUUAAGCCAGUAUGCUGCUCAGUUUGUUCAACUGAGGUUGGAGUAAUCGAUGAAGAGGAAGUCUAUCAUUUCUUCAAUGCUCUUCCAAGUGAAUGUUGAUUUCUUAGGUUUAACAAAAUUUGAAAAUUUGAAGAUGGUUCAAAAUGCAAUUACAACAAGGGCCUGUCAUUCAUUCAGGCAAGUCUCCUACCUAGCCCUUAUAUGCCUCCUUCCCUAACAUCUUGGGCUUAAGCUUGUGAAUUGUAAUGUUUUUUGUGCUUGUAAAGCUUUCCUCAUUGCAAGAAGAUCAGUACUUUUGUGCCCACAA